AUGGGCAGCGCCAGCCCCAGCGCCGCGCCCCCCGGCUGCCUGCUGCUGCCCCCCGACGGCCUGGAGAAGGGGGCGGCGCCCGAGAGACGGGCCUGGAGCCCCCGCCGCCCGGCCACCCCCGACCAGGGCCUGUCCGCCUUCUACCUCUCCUAUUUUGACAUGCUCUACCCCGAGGAGGGGACCUGGGCCGCCAAAGGGCCCCCGGCCAGCGCUCGGGAGGAGCCGCCCGAGGAGCCAGAGCAGUGCCCGGUCAUCGACAGCCAGGCGCCGGGGGGCGGCCUGGACCUGGUGCCGGGGGCGCUGGCCCUAGAGGAGCACUCGCUGGAGCAGGUGCAGUCCAUGGUGGUGGGCGAGGUGCUCAAGGACAUCGAGACGGCCUGCAGGCUGCUCAGCAUCACCGCAGACCCUGUGGGCUGGAGCCCCGGCAACGUGCAGAAGUGGCUGCUGUGGACCGAGCACCAGUACCGCCUGCCCCCCGUGGGCAGGGCCUUCCAGGACCUGGGCGGCAAGGAGCUGUGCGCCCUGUCCGAGGAGCAGUUCCGCCAGCGCUCCCCCCUGGGCGGGGACGUGCUGCACGCCCACCUGGACAUCUGGAAAUCAGCGGCCUGGAUGAAAGAGAGGACCUCCCCGGGCGCCGUUCACUGCUGCGCCUCCAACAGCGAGGAGAGCUGGACCGACAGCGAGGUGGACUCGUCCUGCUCCGGACAGCCCAUCCACCUGUGGCAGUUCCUCAAGGAGCUGCUGCUCAAGCCCCACAGCUAUGGUCGCUUCAUCCGGUGGCUCAACAAGGAGAAGGGCAUCUUCAAAAUCGAGGACUCUGCCCAGGUGGCCCGGCUGUGGGGCAUCCGCAAGAACCGGCCCGCCAUGAACUACGACAAGCUGAGCCGCUCUAUCCGCCAGUAUUACAAGAAGGGCAUCAUCCGCAAGCCCGAUGUCUCCCAGCGCCUCGUCUACCAGUUUGUGCACCCCAUCUGAGGGCUGCGGAGGGCCCAGGCCUGACACCACCCUCAGGGCCCUCUCGCCCGCCGGCCUCUGCCUCGGCCAGAGCCUGAGCCUGGGUAGAACGGGCGGGCGGCGUGCUGCUGGCCAAGGUCAGGGAGGGGAUGGCCCGCGAUCCCAGGGCCACAGUGAGCUCUCCUGGACCCUUGGGUGGGGGUGCUUCCUCCUAGGGCCUCACUGCUCACGUGCGUCGUCCCCUGGAGGACAGAGGGAGAGGGAGAGCCUCCUUCCACCCAGCCUCUGACCCCAGAAUUGCGGAGCAGAGCCCACAGAAUGGCAAGGACUUGGCCAAGUUCACGUGCAGGGCUGCGCUUCUUCCUGCCACAUCCCCUGCCACACCUCCGCACCGUGCCUCCGUGGUGCGUCCUGAGUUGGGGGGUCAGACGUGACCCCAGGAGUGGAUAAUAAAGACAUGAGUGAACUGA